AAACUGCCCCAAGGCCAUGGGACAAGGCAGUCGCCCCUCCACAACCAGCAUAAAAGCCAACCCAGAGCCUCUCUCCAUCACACACUUCUCCUGACGCCUUCUCCUCCUGCUCCUGCCAACAACCAGGUGAGCCCCAUGGCCUGCAACACCCUCUGCCAACCCUGCGGACCCACCCCGCUGGCCAACAGCUGCAACGAGCCCUGUGCCCUGCAAUGCCAGGAUUCCCGCGUCGUUAUCCAGCCUUCCCCUGUGCUGGUCACCCUGCCAGGACCCAUCAUGACCUCCUUCCCCCAGAACACCGCCGUCGGAUCCACCUCCUCGGCUGCCGUGGGCACUGAACUCAGUGUGCAGGGACAGCCCAUCUCUGGUGGAUUUGGUGGCUUCGGUGGCUACGGCCUUGGCUAUGGCCGUGGAUUUGGCUAUGGGCUGGGAGGCCUGGGCUGCUAUGGCAGAAGGGGCUAUGGCUACAACUGCUAAGGGCCCUCAGCACCACUCCUGACACCACCAGCUCUGGGCUCUGGCAACA